AUGAAGGGAAUUAAUGCUAUUGCUCUGGCUCUCACUGCUACCACCGCGUCUGCAAGCCUAGUCCCUCACUACUUCAAAAGAGCGUCCUCGCUCGCCUCGGCGGCUCCUCCGGUGCUGUUGACCCAAUUGCUGACCAGAGCACCUGCACACGAGACAUCACCGAGUAAGCAAAAGAAUUAUCUGAUGUUCGAAGCAUUGCUGAUAAGGGGAAACAGGUUUCAGAAACUAAAGAUCAACACCGUGCGUAUCUACACAGUCGACAACAGCCAAAACCAUGAUGCCUGUAUGUCGGCUCUUGCAACUGCUGGUAUUUAUCUUGCACUGGACGUGAACACGCCCAAAUACUCGAUCAACCAGGACGAUCCAGCGCCGUCAUACAAUGCCGACUACCUCCAGAGCGUCUUCUCCACCAUAGACGCAUUCCACACGUACAGCAACACCCUGCUUUUCUUCUCCGGUAAUGAGGAUAUCAACAGCGUAGCAACAACAUCAUCUGCCCCAUACGUCAAGGCCGUCACGCGUGACAUGAAGAACUACAUUAGUGCACGCAAGUAUCGCUCGAUCCCUGUCGGCUACUCUGCCGCCGAUGUCGACACGUUGAUCUAUCAAACCGCCGAUUUCAUGAACUGCGGUGACGACGCCAUGGCGCGUAGUGACUUCUUCGCUUACAACGACUACUCUUGGUGUGACCCUUCGUCUUUUGAGGGUUCCACCUGGCAAGCAAAGGCAACCUAUUUUGCCAACUUCUCCAUUCCGCUCUUUCUUUCAGAAUAUGGCUGCGUCAAGACGACCCGCCAAUUCCAGGAAAUCGCAACUCUCUACGGCCCGCAAAUGACGCCCAGCUACUCCGGUGGUCUGGCCUAUGAAUACAGCAAAGAAGGCACAGCCCCCCCUGCAGAUCUUUACGGUCUUGUCGAAAUCAACGGCAACAGUAUUACAGAGUUGACCGACUUCGGCACCCUGGCUUCUGCGUUCUCUAACACUCCCAGCCCUACCGGAAGCGGAGGAUACAGGCCCAGCGGUUCCCCAGCCAUUUGCCCAACACAAGACAGCAACUGGAACGUGACGACUGGCUCCGAACUCCCCGUUUUCCCUUCAGCCGCGGCCACAUACCUCAAGAACGGCGCAGGCACGGCCCCUGGUCUCUCUGGCAGUGGUUCCCAGAACUCAGGUCCUGCUUCCGUUGCUUUUGCUUCUGGAUCCUCUGUCGCUGCUACCGGCACCAGCACCAGCACCUCCACGAGCACCUCUGGAAGCAAGAAAUCAGCAGCAGAUGGGCGUGUGAUCGACUCCGCUCCCGUCAUGGCUUGCGGUCUCGUUGUUGCAAUGUCCACACUUCUCGGUAUGGCUUUGUUGUGA